AAAGUCGACUCAACUCAAACUCGACUCGACUGCAGUCAAUUUAUAAUUACUAGAAUACCACUCUCACUCUCUCGCUAACUCCAUUUCUACUUUCCAUCAGAUCCCCUUUUCUUUCAUUUCAUUCAAAUCGAAGGCUCUCUCUCUCUCUCUCUCUCGCUUUGUUUCUUCAAUUAGAAGCGUUUCUUGUUUUUCUUGGGGUGGUUUUGAGAGUGGAAUCAGAGAAAACCCAAACGAAAAUGGAGAGGAGUACUCCAGUGAGGAAACCACACACUUCCACUGCAGAUCUUCUCACUUGGUCCGAGACUCCUCAACCUGAUUCCUCCGCCUCCGCCGCUCGUCCCACCCGCCCUCAUCAGCCGUCGGAUGGGAUCAGAAAAGUUGUGUUUGGAGGUCAAGUGACCGAUGAAGAAUUUGAAAACUUAAACAAACGGAAGCCUUGUUCUGGAUAUAAAAUGAAGGAGAUGACGGGUAGUGGCAUUUUUGCAGCCAAUGGAGAAAAUGAUGAAUCAGAACUAGGCAGUGCUAAUCCUACACCAAACAGCAAAACCGGACUACGAAUGUACCAGCAAGCAUUAGCUGGAAUUAGUCACAUCUCAUUUGCCGAGGAAGAGAGUAUUUCCCCAAAAAAGCCGACUACUCUUCCUGAAGUGGCGAAGCAGCGUGAGCUAAGUGGAACACUAGAUAGUGAGGAUGCAAAGUUGAAGAAGCAACUCUGUGAUGCAAAGUGCAAGGACCUUAGUGGACAUGACAUCUUUGCACCUCCACCUGAAAUUUUACCAAGGCCGACAACUGUACGUGCUUUGGCAUUGAAGGACAAUUUUGACAUGGGAGAACCUGAUACACGCAAUCCUGCUGGAAGUGGCUUGCCAAGUGAGGAGGCUUCGGUUAAGACAGCAAAGAAAAUUCAUAAUCAGAAAUUCUCUGAGCUCUCAGGAAAUGACAUAUUUAAGGGUGAUGUUCCUCCAGGUUCUGCUGAGAAACCACUCAGUGCUGCAAAACUGCGGGAGAUGAGUGGCAGUAACAUCUUUGCUGAUGGGAAGGUAGAGUCUCGUGACUACUUUGGUGGUGUUCGCAAACCCCCUGGCGGCGAAAGCAGCAUUGCUUUGGUUUAACUUCUUAGCUUUCUCUAACCCUGUCAAAUUGCUUCAGCUGUGUCUGGUGUUUGUCUUUAGUGGGGGUGUGAUUGUAUUAUGACUUUUUCCAUUGUGGGUUUUGGGAUUAUGUCUUUAGCAGUUAACAUUUCAACAUGAGGUAUGGACAUAUGCUAAUUGCUCUGUUUGUCCAUUAUCUUGUGUUUUUCAGUCCCAUCUUGGUGAAGGCCUUGGGCUGUUUCAGAUUUUAAUUUGUUGCUCAGUGCGUCAUUUUUAUUACAUUGUUGUAAAAGAUCAUACUUGACCUACGGACUUAUUUUGGUCAGCUUCUUGAUUUAACCCCUUCUUCGUUGAA